ACACACACAAUAUUUUUCUUACCCCUCAUCGUCGGUAAAAAUAAAAGAAAAAAAGAUAAAGAAAAAGAAAGUAAGAAACCUCUGUUAUAUUUUUUUUCUUUCACGAUUGAAUUGAAAAAGCAAAGAAUUGACGCAUAGGAUUCAGAUUCAUCUUCUUCCUUCGAUUCGAUUCAACGAAGCUUUAUCAAUGGCGGCACAGUAACCGUUUCACAAAUCAAAAUUUUCAACAAUGGCGGAAAACGUAAUCGGUUCACCACCUUCAACAAUGGAAAACCCCUCUUCUUCAAACCCUACAAUUCCAACACCUUCACCAAUUUCCCAACAACAACAACAAUCUCCUUCAAUUCACAUGUCAUCUUCAUCACCGUCUCUUUCUCAAGAUCAACAACAACAACAUUCACAGUUACAUAGUAUCAAUAACAUUAACCCUAACCCUAACCCUAAUUCUAAUGUCUCCAAUUUUCAACUUCAACAAUCACUUCAACGUUCUCCUUCUAUUUCUCGCCUUAAUCAAAUUCAACCUCAGCAGCAGCAGCAGCAGCAACAGCAGCAAGUUGUGAGGCAGCAACUUUAUGGUGGGCAAAUGAAUUUUGGUGGAUCAGCUGCUGUUUCUGCUCAGCAACAGCAAUUAAGCGGCGCUGGUGGUGUUGGUAUCGGUGGUAAUGCUUCCAAUUUGUCGCGAUCAGCUUUAAUCGGACAGAGUGGUCACUUCCCUAUGUUGUCUGGUGCCGGAGCAGGGCAGUUUAACCUAUUAGCCUCGCCGAGGCAGAAAAGUGGUUUGGUGCAAUCAUCGCAAUUUUCUUCGGGUAAUUCUGCUGGACAGUCACUACAAGGAAUGCAACAAGCAAUUGGGAUGAUGGGGUCGUCCAAUCUAGCCUCUCAAAUGAGAACUAAUGGAGCUCUUUAUGCUCAGCAGCAGCAGCUUCGAAUGACUCCGGCCCAAAUUAGACAGCAGCUCUCACAGCAGGCUUCACUUAAUAAUCAACAGGUUCAAGGUUUACCAAGGUCAUCGUCCCUUGCUUUUAUGAAUUCUCAGUUGUCUGGGUUGUCUCAGAAUGGGCAGCCUGCCAUGAUACAUAAUUCUUUAACACAGAAUCAGUGGCUCAAGCAAAUGCCAGCAAUGUCUGGCCCUGCCUCUCCGUUGCGUCUUCAACAACAUCAGAGGCAGCAGCAGCUGGCUUCAUCUGGUCAACUGCAACAAAACUCUAUGACCCUAAACCAACAGCAAUUAGCCCAAUUGUUGCAGCAGAAGUCCAUGGGGCAAGCUCAGCUUCAGCAGCAGCAGCCAUCCUCUCAGCAGCAGCAGCAGCAACAACAACAACUAUUACAGCAGCAGCAACAGCAACAAUCGCAACUACAAGCAUCUGUUCAUCAACAGCAACAACUGCAGUCUCCGAGGAUGACAGGACCUACAGGUCAAAAGUCACUAAGUUUAACAGGAUCGCAGCCAGAUGCUACUGCAUCUGGCACGACCACACCCGGCGGAAGUUCAAGUCAAGGAACCGAAGCAGCUACAAACCAAGUACUUGGAAAGAGAAAGAUACAGGAUUUAGUUGCACAGGUGGAUCCACAUGGUAAGCUGGACCCUGAAGUUAUAGAUCAUCUUUUAGAGCUUGCCGAUGACUUCAUUGAUUCUGUAACUACACAUGGUUGCAUUUUGGCAAAACAUAGAAAAUCAUCAACUUUGGAGUCCAAGGAUUUAUUGCUACACCUAGAGAAAAAUUGGGAUUUGACAGUUCCAGGAUAUUCAAGUGAAGAGAAGAAGUACCAGAGUAGACCUUUGUUCAAUGACCUUCACAAGAGGCGACUAGAUGCAGUUCGCACAUUGAUGGAAUCUUCUAAACUCCCCGAAUCAAGUAUUAACAAUUCUAAAGAUAUCAGUAGACAGGGACAUCCUAACCCUGCAGCUUCCCAUCACCUAAUGAGACCCCUGAGUUCAGACCAGUUGGUUUCUCAUUCAAGUACUUCUCAAAUACUACAGCCGAUGACGAGGUUUUAAUAAACCUCUGUUUCUGGUCUUCGCUCUACUAGGUUUAACUGCCUGUCUGUUGGUAAGACGCCUUCUUUGCUGCUGUAACUGAUUAUAGCACUCAAGAAAAAUUGUAAUUAUUUUGUAUUUAGACAUGAUAAUUAGUUGUCAAUGGAUCCCAGUAAUAGACUUCCUCAAUAGUAAUUUAUUUUUCACCCAAAUAAUGGAUUUGUAAUGGCCAUUGGUGCCUAUAAAUUCAUUUGUAGUUUAUUCAAACUUUCUUGUAUAAUUGUUUGGUUUCUGGUUGACAUGAUAAACAUUUAUGUAAUUAUUGAUAUAUAAUAUAAAACCAUAGUUAUUUGUUGGCAAAAA